UAAUGCGAUUGAUCGAUGAACUAAAAAAAUUCACCCUACUUUUUCGAAUUGGAACCGCCGAAAUAUAAAAUGCGCUCUACACAAUCGCUUUCCGAUUAAUAGCGCGCACACGAUUUGCCAGACUCUCAUUGAUUACUGGCUGACCAUUGUAAAAGGAUACCCGCAAGCGCACGUUCUCGGAACCUUGCAAUCAAUGCCGCGCGUCCGCCUCUUCUUCUUGCAGUCUUCGGCAUAAUCUGUCACCGCGAACAUGUCCAAUAUACGCGAUAAGUCUACGACGUUGCAUAACUCCAGUUACGAGCAAGACAUUCGAUAUGCCUUCAAGGUGAACAAUUGGAUUCUGGGCUCGAUCGGUCUUUGGCCAGUCGUGAUACGAGGUAUUGGACAGCACGUGCCCAAGAUUGCGAUCGCAUUUUGGAAUUUCGCGUUAAGCUUCGCGAUAAUGCCCUGCGUUCUGCAUAUCGUUUAUGAUCAAAAAGAUACCAUCACAAGGUUGAAGAUAGGCGGCCUGUUGACCUUCUGCCUUACCGUGAAGGCGAAGUAUUGCAUCCUCGUGAUACGUUGCCCUAGGAUACAUCGUUGCAUCGAACACGUAAAGAAUGAUUGGUGGCAGGUAACAUUCAGGUCCGAUCGCGAGUUGAUGCUAAAGUACGCUAACACCGGUCGCAAUCUGACUAUAAUCGGCGUGUCUCUCAUGUACGGUGCUGGCAUUAUUUAUAAUAUUAUUCUGCCAUUCUGUUCCGAGCACAAAAUCGGCAAUCAAACUAUCAGACCGCUCAUCUAUCCAAUCUACAGUAAAUUUAGCCAGUUACAAAUUAGCCCAGUAUACGAAAUCGUGUAUAUGGCUCAUUGCAUGUGUGGAUACACACUAUGUACAGUGACAGCCGGUGCUUGCGGUUUGGCCGCUUUGUUUGUUACUCAUGCGUGUGGCCAAAUCCAAAUACUUAUUUCACGACUAGAAGAUCUAUUAACUGGCAAAAGGUUCAAACAAAACCCGAACGUUCAUCGUCGAAUCGCGGUUAUCGUACAAAAUCACGUACAAAUAAUAAGGUUUGCGGCCACGGUGGAGGAAGUUUUGCAAGAAGCGUGUUUAAUAGAGUUCACUAGUUCCAUAUGCACAAUAUGUAUACUCGAAUUCCUCUGUAUAGUGGAUUGGAAGGCGAACGAUACAGUUAGUCUAGCGACUUAUCUUACGCUAUUUGUGUCAUUUUGCUUCAAUGUUUACAUCCUAUGCUAUAUCGGCGAACUUCUCAUGGAUAAGUCAAAUUGGAUCGAUAUGCUAUAUGAUCAAUUGGUAUCAACUAUCGCCAAAAUCAGCUCGCAGUCUUGUACUGAUACUCGCGAUGUCUAGCCAUCCUAUAAAAAUCAGUGCUGGUAGAAUGGUAGACUUGUCAUUAAUGACUUUCGGAAAUGUGAGGCAUUAUGCACUUGUAUUAAUUUUACUUUCAAUUUUAAAGUAAAAAUUCGGGAAAAAAUCAAUAUCACUAUAAAUCAUUUAAUAAUAUUUUUGUAAUAAAUCUAAUAAGAUUUUUCUUAAAAAUCGUCAAAAGUUAAUUUAUGACUAGAGAGAUAUCACAUAUAUCUUGUAAUAUAAAUUUUUUUAGGUACUAAAAACUAGCGUAGCGUAUAUGAGCUUCCUACGAACGUUAGUUAUGUAAAUGUACAAUUAUGUGACAUCUAUUAAGAAAUAUUUUAAAUUUGAUCUAGUUUAUGUUUCCAACAUAAAAGAAACGUUAGAAACAAUUUUCAUAUAUAUGUUAUAUGAUAUUAGUUAUAGAAUAAAAUAUUUAUGUCUGUA